AUGAAUCCCAACCAGCAAUACCCGCCGCCGGGAACACCGAUGUCCAAUCAGCAGGCGCAAUAUUAUCAGCAGAUGUACCAGCCGAUGGGAAUGCAGCAGCAUCCGGCCGCUUAUUCGCAAAUGGGAGGUCCUCGUGGCUAUCCGGGAAUGCCGUAUCCGGAAACUGCGCCGCCAGUUCCGUAUCCACAAGGAAUACAACAAACGCCGCCGCAAAUGGCGCAGAACCAGUAUAAUCAGAUGAGAAUCAAACCCGAAGCUUAUUGGGGUGCCGAAGCGGCGUCUCAGCAUCAACAACUCGCACCACAGAACAUUCCGGCUCAUUAUCCGCCGGCUUAUCCGUCGCACAUUCCGGCGAUGCACCAAAUGCAGCCGCAACCGCCGCCACAACAUCAUAUGCAAAUGCAAUCGCAACUUCAACAACAUCAUCAGCAGCAACAGCCGCAGCAGUCACUUCAUCAUCAGAUGCAGCAGCCGCCACUCCAACCGCAGCCGCAGAUUGCGCCGGCUCCCCAAAUGGCGGCUCAGGUGAUUGGCGAGCAAGAAUGCUAUCCGACGACAUCGGCGCCGCAGCACAACACGCUGACUGUGCCGCAACAGUCGCUUGCGAACCCGUCGUCGGCGUCUUCAGGACAAAGUAGUGCGAGGAAAGAGUCUCAACCUCAGCUCAAGAUAUGGCCGCUGGAGAUCGCGCAAGAGGGCUUAAAAUCGAGAACGGUUGGCGAUUUGUGUGUGAUUGGCCGCGAGCUGGUCUAUGAGCUCAUUUUCAAAUCGAGCAAUUUGACGCAACAAUUGAAGAAAUCGAUGGAACGCGGACAAAUUUCGCAACCCGAGGAGAUCAAAACGCUUCUUGAUCAAUGCACUGAAAUAAUUGACAAAGUGGUUGAGAUUCGAGUGCUGAUUGAGACGCAGAGGGAUGCGGGCUGGAAGCGGAUGACCACCGAUGAAUACAUUGAGAUUGUGAAAGAAUCCGAUGAAGAAGACGUUGAUGAUGAGGUCGAGAAGAGAAAUAUUGAUGUGCAAUUUGUCGAAAAAAUGAGGGCGGUCAAGGGAAAAGAGCCGCCAAAGGAGGGCUAUGUGUUGUACAAUGGUCGAUGGAUUGCGCCUUCACUUGCCAAAAAAUAUGAGAAGUUUGAGGAAAAUCGGCAGAAAAUUGAGCGACUCUCAAGCGGAUUGAAGUACACCGAAUGGAUGGCGGUUGUCUCGAAUCCUGGAACGUUGAAGGGCGUCGAGAAGACGACGAUAUCGAGAAAGGAGCACACAAUACUGUAA